UUCUUUGGAGAAUCACCAAGACAAAGAGAAAGGAGAUGACAGGCUCACUUGCAAGAGGAGCUCCCACUUUCAACUCCAUGUUUUUCAAGCCGAUGCUGCGAAAAAGCUACCACAAAACAGGAACAUCCGCCGAUACAAUACGCGAGAGUGCAGUGAAAUUAAACCCGGAAGAGGGCCUUUCUGCAAAGAGCCAAAGCCUGCAAAAUGGAAAUUGCUGGGUUCCCCAUGAAAAGACUGGAAUUUAUUAUCCCAAAGGCCAUGAAAAAGUUUUGGAAGAUGUUCCUCCUGAAGCUGCCAGAGAUAUUAUUGGAGUUAAUUGGUUCUCUGAUCAUUAAUCUUCUUCUUCAUUCUAUUUCUACUAUUAAACUAUGUUUAAGCCCUCUCUAUAUAUUUUGUGUUCUUGCCUUCUUAUUUUAUUUUCAACUUGAUCAUGCCUCUUAUUGUAUCAUGA